AUGAUGCUGGAGCGGCUGAAAGAGAAGCACCUCCGAGAGAUGGAGGAUCUACAGGCUCAGCUGGAGAGCAAGGUGGCACUUAAAUAUCUAGCAGUGUUUCAACUGUACUCCUGAAGCAAUCCAUAUUUCACUGUGUCGUGUUUACUUUAUCAGAGACAUAGAUUUGAUGUAGCUAGACGGGACAGUCCCACUCCUUUAUCAGAGACAUAGAUUUGGUGUAGCUAGAUGGGGCAGUCCCACUCCUUUAUCAGAGACAGAUAUUUGGUGUAGCUAGAUGGGGCAGUCCCACUCCUUUAUCAGAGACAGAGAUUUGGUGUAGCUAGAUGGGGCAGUCCCACUCCUUUAUCAGAGACAUAGAUUUGGUGUAGCUAGAUGGGGCAGUCCCACUCCUUUAUCAGAGACAUAGAUUUGAUGUAGCUAGAUGGGGCAGUCCCACUCCUUUAUCAGAGACAUAGAUUUGGUGUAGCUAGAUGGGGCAGUCCCACUCCUUUAUCAGAGACAUAGAUUUGAUGUAGCUAGAUGGGGCAGUCCCACUCCUUUAUCAGAGACAGAUUUGAUGUAGCUAGAUGGGGCAGUCCCACUCCUUUAUCAGAGACAGAGAUUUGGUGUAGCUAGAUGGGACAGCCCCACUCCUUUAUCAGAGACAGAGAUUUGAUGUAGCUAGAUGGGGCAGUCCCACUCCUUUAUCAGAGACAGAGAUUUGGUGUAGCUAGACGGGACAGUCCCACUCCUUUAUCAGAGACAUAGAUUUGGUGUAGCUAGAUGGGGCAGUCCCACUCCUUUAUCAGAGACAGAGAUUUGGUGUAGCUAGAUGGGGCAGUCCCACUCCUUUAUCAGAGACAGAGAUUUGGUUGUAGCUAGAUGGGGGCAGUCCCCACUCCUUUAUCAGAGACAUAGAUUUGGUGUAGCUAGAUGGGGCAGUCCCACUCCUUUAUCAGAGACAUAGAUUUGAUGUAGCUAGAUGGGGCAGUCCCACUCCUUUAUCAGAGACAGAUUUGAUGUAGCUAGAUGGGGCAGUCCCACUCCUUUAUCAGAGACAGAGAUUUGGUGUAGCUAGAUGGGGCAGUCCCACUCCUUUAUCAGAGACAGAGAAUUGGUGUAGCUAUAAUAUAAUAAUAUGCCAUUUAGCAGACGCUUUUAUCCAAAGCGACUUACAGUCAUGCGUGCAUACAUUUUUGUGUAUGGGUGGUCCCGGGGAUCGAACCCACUACCUUGGCGUUACAAGCGCCGGGCUCUACCAGUUGAGCUACAGAGGACCACAUAGCUAGAUGGGGCAGUCCCACUCCUUUAUCAGAGACAGAGAUUUGGUGUAGCUAGAUGGGGCAGUCCCACUCCUUUAUCAGAGACAGAGAUUUGGUGUAGCUAGAUGGGACAGUCCCACUCCUUUAUCAGAGACAGAGAUUUGGUGUAGCUAGAUGGGGCAGUCCCACUCCUUUAUCAGAGACAGAGAUUUGAUGUAGCUAGAUGGGACAGUCCCACUCCUUUAUCAGAGACAGAUAUUUGGUGUAGCUAGAUGGGGCAGUCCCACUCCUUUAUCAGAGACAGAGAUUUGGUGUAGCUAGAUGGGGCAGUCCCACUCCUUUAUCAGAGACAGAGAUUUGAUGUAGCUAGACGGGACAGUCCCACUCCUUUAUCAGAGACAGAGAUUUGGUGUAGCUAGAUGGGGCAUUCCCACUCCUUUAUCAGAGACAGAGAUUUGGUGUAGCUAGAUGGGACAGUCCCACUCCUUUAUCAGAGACAGAUAUUUGGUGUAGCUAGAUGGGGCAGUCCCACUCCUUUAUCAGAGACAUAGAUUUGGUGUAGCUAGAUGGGGCAGUCUCACUCCUUUAUCAGAGACAGAGAUUUGAUGUAGCUAGAUGGGGCAGUCCCACUCCUUUAUCAGAGACAGAGAUUUGGUGUAGCUAGAUGGGGCAGUCCCACUCCUUUCGUAUUGUUUGUGCUUUUAUUGAACAGAUAGGACAUUGGCAGUAUGGGAAGACAGGAAAGGUAGGAGGUAGAGUCAAAGGCCAGUGGAUUGGAUUGGAACCCAUGCUGACUCGGCCAUAUAUAUGUGUGCCAGGCUCAGCAGCUCUACUCACAGACCUGGGCCACACAGACCACACUGGGCAGUGUUUUUGUUCUGAUAUAGUUGGAUAUGAUUUUCCCCCAUGUCAUUGCAGGUGAGUGAAUUUGACCAGAAGGUGGAGGCCCAGAAGGCAGCCUUGUCUCUGCAGUACAUGGAGGAGAUCCAGGCUCUACGGGGGGAGAUGUCCAGCAGCCAGAACCGAGCCCUGGAGCUUCAGGCCCAGCUAGAGCAGGCGGUGGAGGAAAGGGCUGGCCUGGAGCAGAGGCAGGCGAUGGAGGAAAGGGCUGGCCUGGAGCAGAGGCAGGCGAUGGAGAGGGAAGAGCUGGAGCACCAACAAGAGGAGGAAGUGAGUAGAGGACUGUGUGGCUCAGUUGGUAAAAGCAUGGCACUUGCAGGGAAUCGUGGGUUCGAUUCUAUGCUGGGGCCACCCACAUACAAAAAUGUAUGCACUCCGUGAUGUAAGUUGCUUUGGCAUAUAUUAUAAUACAUUACAUUUUGAUUUCUAUUAGGUGAGCUGCCUGAAGCAGGAGCUCCUAGAGGCCCCCACCCAGGCUGCCGACAUGGAGGGCCUGGAGGGCCUACAGGCGAAGGCUGAGCCGGGCCUGGACAAAGAGAUGCAGGAGUUAAGGAAACAACAUGCUGUGGAACUCUACAAGCUGGGCGAGGAGCACAAAGAGGAGAUCCUUUUGACCAGGACGGAAGAAGAAGAGAGGGGGAAGCUACAGGAGGAGAGAGCUGAGGUGGAGAGGAGGCUGUCAGAGGAGUGGGAGAGGGAGAAGGUGGAGUUACAGCAGAGACACGAGGAGGCAGUGAAGGCUAGGAUAGAGGAGGUGAGUGUCAGGUUCCAGGUGGAGCGAGAGGAGCUGGAGAUGCGACUCGCGGAGGAGUGGGAGAGGGAGAAGGUGGAGUUACAGCAGAGACACGAGGAGGCAGUGAAGGCUAGGAUAGAGGAGGUGGAGAUGCGACUCACGGAGGAGUGGCAGAGGGAGAAGGUGGAGUUACAGCAGAGACACGAGGAGGCAGUGAAGGCUAGGAUAGAGGAGGUGGAGAUGCGACUCACGGAGGAGUGGCAGAGGGAGAAGGUGGAGUUACAGCAGAGACACGAGGAGGCAGUGAAGGCUAGGAUAGAGGAGGUGAGUAGCAGGUUCCAGGUGGAGCGAGAGGAGCUGGAGAUGAGACUCGCGGAGGAGUGGGAGAGGGAGAAGGUUCUGUUGGACGAGCAGACUAAAGCGUCGCUGCAGACUGUGUUAGAGGAGCAGGAGAACAGGGAGGCCAGGCUCACUGAGCAGUGGGAGCUGGAACGAGCUCGGCUCCAGCAGUGUCGUGAGGUGGCUCUCCUCACCGGGUUAGCCGAGGAGCGCCGGAAGCAGCAGGAGGAGACGGAGAGGAGGCUGAGGGAGGACUGGCACAGGGAGAGACUCCAGCUAGAGGAGGACUAUGAGGGGAUGCUUCAGGAGCGGCUGCAGGAGGAGAGGGAGGAGGUGGAGAAGAGGUUGGGGAAGAUGAUGGAGGAGGAGAAGGAGAGGCUAAAGGAGGUCCACAGACAUGCUGUGCAGGACCUGAGUGCCAAACACAGUGAGGAGAGGGAACAGCUCAGCUGUCUACUGGAUAAACUGCGGGAGGACAUCGCUGAGAAAAGGUAAGACUGUCUAACUGUAAUGAAAUCAGCUUAUAAACUAUUUCCUUUUAUUAAAUUGUUUAGGGUUUUUAGUCCCAGCAUUGACAAUUUGUCCAUUAAAACCUGCAUUCUUGAUAAAAACCAUAAUCAUGUUUACUUUAUGUCAGUGUUGUAGUACUCAAGACCACAUAUUGAGUGUCUCGGUCUUGUCUCUGUGCCGGAUACAUUUGUACUCGGCUUGACUUGGUCUCGGACAGUGAGGACUCGUAAUUUCUUCCCGAGACCAGCGCAGUAAAAAAGUCAUUAUCAGCUUCCAUUCAGUCAGCUCAUAAAACCGCUUCUCCAGGCCAAAUAAAGACUCUCCUUUAUUGAACCAUUAAUAUCUUAACAGCCUUUAUAUCUAUUAUAGACAUGUUUGAUCAGUGGUGAACCUAUAGGCCUUCAGUGGUGAACCUAUAGGCCUUCAGUGGUGAACCAAUAGGCCUUCAGUGGUGAACCUAUAGGCCUUCAGUGUGUGAACCUAUAGGCCUUCAGUGGUGAACCUAUAGGCCUUCAGUGGUGAACCUAUAGGCCUUCAGUGGUGAACCUAUAGGCCUUCAGUGGUGAACCUAUAGGCCUUCAGUGUGUGAACCUAUAGGCCUUCAGUGGUGAACCUAUAGGCCUUCAGUGUGUGACAGUGGUGAACCUAUAGGCCUUCAGUGUGUGACAGUGGUGAACCUAUAGGCCUUCAGUGUGUGACAGUGGUGAACCUAUAGGCCUUCAGUGUGUGACAGGUUCGUGAUUCUGAAAGGACAGCAACCUUUUAAUAACAGCGCACUCAUGUAGGAGAGUGCACUUUUUUUGCAAAACACCAAAGGACCAGUGGUGGUGUGGAGGGUAUACUUAGGUAUUUUUCAGUGGGCGUUGCCGUAUACUCACGUCUUAAUCCCUACUGAUGCGUAUCAAAGUAGUGUAGUGGAGGGUAUACGAUUGAUCAAUGAUGUAGUACAAUAGAGAAAUCAUGCGCAAAGUAGCCUACACAAUCGCAAAGCACGUGAAAUAUAUUCACAUGGGCGCUGCACACAUAGCCUAGUUUCAGCGGAAUACCAUCUGCAGGCAGCAAGAGUGUGCAGCUCUCAACUGGUUUUGGCAUGAAGCAGCUCACAGAAGAAUGACAUCGGUAGCCGGUAGGGCAGGAAAACACAUUUCACCUUAUGAUAUCUACCGGUAAAUGCUAACUAAGGCAACAAUGGGUAUGCAAACCAGGUAUUGGAAAACGUUUAGUCCAAAGUUAUUGGUUAGUAGGCUAUUUGUGAUGUGCAAUUAUCAUCAUGUGCUCUUUGCAUCAGGGGCGUAGACAUGGAUGGGCCUGGGUGGACAGAGACCCACCCACUGGGGAGCCGGGCCCUGACAGGCCCACCCACUGGGGAGCCAGGCCCUGACAGGCCCAACCAAUGGGGAGCCAGGCCCUGACAGGCCCACCCACUGGGGAGCCAGGCCCUGACAGGCCCACCCACUGGGGAGCCAGGCCCUGACACGCCCACCCACUGGGGAGCCAGGCCCUGACAGGCCCACCCAAUCAGAUUGUUUUGGUCUUAGAUCAUAACAUUUUUGUAUUUUUUCUAUGUAAAAACAAAAAGGGUGCCUUUCGUUCGCUGGGCCGUUUGGGAAAUUUUAGGCAAAAUUAGAGUAUACCCACUUCUCCAGGCACCGCUACACCCCUGGAUAGGGCCGAAGGAAAGACAGCAGUCACACAGCAUGAUGUUAAAGGAUAAGCAGUCACACAGCAUGAUGUUAAAGGAUAAGCAGUCACACACAGCAUGAUGUUAAAGGAUAAGCAGUCACACAGCAUGAUGUUAAAGGAUAAGCAGUCACACAGCAUGAUGUUAAAGGAUAAGCAGUCACACACAGCAUUAUGUUAAAGGAUAAGCAGUCACACACAGCAUUAUGUUAAAGGAUAAGCAGUCACACAGUAUGAUGUUAAAGGAUAAGCAGUCACACAGCAUGAUGUUAAAGGAUAAGCAGUCACACAGCAUUAUGUUAAAGGAAAGCAGUCACACAGCAUGAUGUUAAAGGAUAAGCAGUCACACAGCAUGAUGUUAAAGGAUAAGCAGUCACACAGCAUGAUGUUAAAGGAUAAGCAGUCACACAGCAUGAUGUUAAAGGAUAAGCAGUCACACAGCAUGAUGUUAAAGGAUAAGCAGUCACACAGCAUGAUGUUAAAGGAUAAGCAGUCACACAGCAUGAUGUUAAAGGAUAAGCAGUCACACACAGCAUGAUGUUAAAGGAUAAGCAGUCACACAGCAUGAUGUUAAAGGAUAAGCAGUCACACACAGCAUGAUGUUAAAGGAUAAGCAGUCACACAGCAUGAUGUUAAAGGAUAAGCAGUCACACAGCAUGAUGUUAAAGGAUAAGCAGUCACACAGCAUGAUGUUAAAGGAUAAGCAGUCACACAGCAUGAUGUUAAAGGAUAAGCAGUCACACAGCAUGAUGUUAAAGGAUAAGCAGUCACCAGCAUAAGGAAAGCAGUCACACAGCAUGAUGUUAAAGGAUAAGCAGCCACACAGCAUGAUGUUAAAGGAUAAGCAGCCACACAGCAUGAUGUUAAAGGAUAAGCAGUCACACAGCAUGAUGUUAAAGGAUAAGCAGUCACACAGCAUGAUGUUAAAGGAUAAGCAGUCACACAGCAUGAUGUUAAAGGAUAAGCAGUCACACAGCAUGAUGUUAAAGGAUAAGCAGUCACACAGCAUGAUGUUAAAGGAUAAGCAGUCACACAGCAUGAUGUUAAAGGAUAAGCAGUCCACACAGCAUGAUGUUAAAGGAUAAGCAGUCACACAGCAUGAUGUUAAAGGAUAAGCAGUCACACAGCAUGAUGUUAAAGGAUAAGCAGUCACACAGCAUGAUGUUAAAGGAUAAGCAGUCUAUAAACUCAGACAUAAUAAGUCAGUAGGUUCCAAUCAUAAGAAUACAAAAACACAACCAUUAAGCAUUUCCCAAUCGAAAUGUAUAACUAUUACUUCCCAUUGCAAAAAACAUUUCAAGGUUAGCGCACAAAGUGACCUUUGACCUAGUUUAAAGUGGACCUGACAGUGUUUUAACUACUUUGCAGAGAUUAAACAAUCAUAUCAGUCAAAAAUAUCAAAUUCCCAGAUUAUGCUACAAAAUCAACUUUUAUAAUAGGUUUUAUUUUUGACUCAACGUUCCACGACGUACACUAAGGCAUUAUUGGCAGAAUAGAUGGAUGCAGUUUAAUGCAUGAUUAAUAUAAUUCACCAGUACAUUUCUUGGUAGCACAACAAAUAUUGCUAUCAGGUUGUAAAUCACAGCUGACAUUAUUUGCUGCCUCCAUUCGGGAUGCACUGUUUCAGUUUCAAUGACUCAAUAUUCUGGACAAAAACGGACGAUAACUAAGGCUGGGAAUGUCAAUACAAUCAAACUAGCAAGGGCAACGAUCACAAGUCAGUCAUAACGUGGCUAAUAGGCUAGCGUGUCUAUUUAUGUAGCAAGCUAAAAACACGGAGCCUAACGUUAGCUAGCUGCUAGGAGGAUGUCAUGUCAUGCCAUUUUUUCCCCCUCAUAUCGAUUUUCGGUGGCUAUACACAGCUAGAGAUGCAGGUGUCAUUUGGUUAGCUAGCAGGAACUUGAACGACUUAUCAAGCUAGCAUAUCGAUUGCGUUCGCAAAUUCGCAAAUUCACUCUGGCUAUAGAUUUCAGAGCACUCUCGUAUGAGUGUGCCAGAGUGCAGAACAACUGAUCUUCUGUUGCUGACGUUGUUUUCCUCUGUUGGUUGUAGGCGUGAUGCGGGUCAUCUAGCAGAGGAGAACCUUCUACUCAGACAGAAGAUAUCCACGCUGAAGGAAGAGGACCCGAGAGACACCCAAGAGGAGAUGCUGUAAGAAACCUCAUGGUCCUGGGAACCAUUUUUUGUGUUUUCCCCUACACUUCCCUGGUGUAGUGGAGAUUAAACGCAAGUAAAUGCAGUUAACCCACAUUUUUAUUUUAUUUUAUUUUUGCACAACAGUUUACCCACCUUUUGCCAAAAAAAUGCAUUGAAAGUAUAGGGAGCGUUAUUUCUUUCAACGCAACUGCCGAUCAGAGUUUAUCCACCUGAUUUUUUUUUUUUUACCACUACAUCACUGCUAGCACUUACACACCUGAUUUUAAACUAAUCAACUCUCAUCAAGCCUUUGAUUAGUGGAAUCAGGUGUGGUAGUGCUGGGGCAAAAACAGCAACAAUGAUGAUCCUUUGGAUUAAGAAACACUGAGCCCCCGUGUAGCUCAGUUGGUAGAGCGUGGCGCUUGCAACGACAGGGUUGUGGGUUCGAUUCCCACGGGGGGGCCAGUAUGAAAAAUAUGUAUGCACUCACUAACUGUAAGUCUGCUAAAUGACAAAAAAUAAAAUAAAAUAUACAAAUGUAUGCUACAGCUAUUUUUUUCAUUUCAUUGGGUCAUUGAACUCACACUUUCUCCUCCCCUAUCUUAGCUUGAAACUGGAGCAUUUCAGGAAGGAGAAGAUUUCUGCGCAAAGGAAGGCAGAGAGUUUCAAGAGACAGGUAGGACGAGAGUAAAACGACUAACUUUAUUAGCUAUGUUAACUUUAACGUGGUUCUAGGGGGCUGACUUGCAUUGCACUUAAGAACGUUGUUCCUUUGUGCCAACACAGGUAAUAAAUGGCAACUCUAAUAAAUAUAUAUCUGUGUCAAAAAAGGUGCCUUUUUCUCUACAUAGUGCACUACUUUUGACCAGGGAAUAGGGUGCAGGCCCUGAUUUUAAAAAGUAAGGCAUUGUAUAGGGAGUAGGUAAAAAGUAGUGCACUAUAUAGGGAAUGGGGUUGCAGGUCCUGGUCAAAAGUCGUGCACUAUAUAGGGUGCCAUUUUUGGACGACCCCUAAAUCUGCAUUCCCCCCCCCCCCCCCCCCCCCCCCCCCCCGUAGAUCUCGGCGCUUCGUCUCCGCAGGCAGCAGCUGGAGGAUGAGAACGGGCUGCUGUCGGAGAAGAACGCCCAGAAUGCAGCAGGAGUGGAGGGGUUGAGCCAGCAGCCGGGGGAACUACUCAGACAGAGUGAGAGACAGGAGGCUGUCCGAGACCAGCAACGCACUGUACCGGAGGAUGACAGGACCAAGGUAAAUGAUGACAUUAGUUGUUUUUAAAGGGAUGGUUCAGGAUUUUGGCAGUGACGCCCUUUUUAUCUACUUCCCUAGAGUCAGAUGAACACUCGUGGCAAACCCAGUGCCAGGAUAAAGUGACUAAGGGGGGCAGUUGAAAACAGUGAGGGGGGCACAAUUUUGGUGGGAUCCUUGCAUUGGAGUUAUAUAGAAUUCUGCUUAUAUCACGCUGUACCACAAUAAACAAUAAAGUUCAAAUGCCGAGACUCCGAAACCAUUGAUUGAGUGCUUUUGAAGUGACGGGUAGGUGUGAAAUCUGUAUCCUAUCUCUGCUGCGCUGUAUCCACACAAAACAAGGCCGUUAUGGUAAUGAAUAUAGGCUGCAAGAUAGGGUGUUUCACCCCAUUACAAACAUCCUUGUGUGAAUGCGGCCGUACAGCAUAAUGCUUGUUCGAGCUAAAUAGGCUAUGGCUAAUAACACUAAUGCUUUUUACAGCAAGCUGAGAAGCUAACUAAACUCUGUAGUGGUGGGGUGUGAAGCAUCUUCAACGGUAAAUCAAAUAUUACAGGCGGAGGCGGUCCCGUUAUUCACAGCCUACCACAGAUGACAAUCGUUUUUUUUCCAGAUUUUUAUGGAAACCCGAAGGAGUUGUACUGAACCGCCCCAUUGGCUUUCCACGGUCCCCCUACAUGUCCAUGGUGAUGACACGGCGCAGCAGAGAUACAGAUUGUGCACCAACCUGUCACUCAAUCGUUUUUUUUUUCUUUCAAUUUUUCUAUUGGGACAUAAAAUUAAAACUAAGGUGGUGCAAGUUUCAACUGAGGGGGGCUAACAUCGUGGAGCCGGUCCUGUUAUGUCUCUGAGUCCAGUAUGAAGGAAGUUAGAAAUAGUUUAACAAGCCAAACGCUAAUCUAGCGUAAAACAUUGUAUCCACGAGUCCAUCUCACUCUGGGUUUAAGUAGAUAAAAGGGCUUCAUUGCCAAAAUCCCGAACUGUCCCUUUAAGGAUUUUGAUUGUAGUCAUGACCUGUUUUUUCCUCCUCGUUGGGGUCCUAAUGACUUGUUCUCCUGUGUGUCAGAUGGCCGUGUGUGUCUCUGCCCUGGAGGCGGAGCUGACCAACGCUGUGGAGGGGACUGUACUGCUAGAGGAGGGCAAGGCCCAGCUGGUGCUGCAACUCAACGCCCUCAGAGACAAGGUGAGACACGAGUAGAUAAACAUUUAUAUGUAGUACAGGCAAAUAUAUAUAUAUAACUCGUAUUUAUCCAGGUUAGUGUUUAGUAUUUUGCACGAGAGACCUGCAGAGACCCCUCCUAGCAGUGUCUAAUGUAUUAUAUGCUCCCGAGUGGCGCAGUGGUCUAAGGCACUGCAUCACAGUGCUAGCUGUGCCACUAGAGAUCCUGGUUCGUAUCCAGGCUCUGUCGUAGCCGGCCGCGACCGGGAGACCCUUGGGGGCGGCGCACAAUUGGCCCAGCGUCGUCCAGGAUAGGGGAGGGAAUGGCCGGCAGGGAUGUAGCUCAGUUGGUAGAGCAUGGCGUUUGCAACGCCAGGGUUGUGGGUUCGAUUCCCACGGGGGGCCAGUAUGAAAAAAAAUAUAUAAUGUAUGCACUGGAUAAGAGCGUCUGCUAAAUUACUAAAAUGUAAAUGUAAUAUAUGCAGUAUGUUACACGUGGAUGUGUACGGUGUAGGGGUUUUAGGUACAUUAUGGUCAAAUAGUUUAUACGGUACGUCCAACCACACUCCUCUUCGCUGUGUCCAUCUGUAGAUGGAUAAGGUGGGGGCUGUAGAGUGCCAGCUCUCCGUCCUCCUGCAGGAGCACAAGGCUUUGGACAAACAAACCCAGGGAUUACGCAACCAGCUAGCCACGUCUCAGGAGAGGGUAAGGAUGCUCUGUUCAGUCUGUCUGGUCAAUAGUAGUGCACAAUUAUAGGGAAUAGGGUGCCAUUUGGGAUUCACUCUUACGCUACCUUACAGUCAACCACUUUAUGACACGGUUAUUGAUCUACAAUUCAAAUUGUUACCGCUUUCAUUCAAUAUCAUCAUCAAUUAUAAUGUACAGUAUGUUCUAUGUGUGUCAAGCCAAAGACACAUUUCGACAUUGCAGGGACAAUAAGUAUUUCUAAUUAAUUAGGCAAAAUUCACUGUCAUUCUAUGAUUCCUAUUGAUGGUGUGUUUAGUCAAGAUGCUGUCAGUCAGUAUGUAAAAGUAUUGUGUAAAAUUCCGGUAAAUUUCCCAAGUUUCCAAGAAAUCCUGGUUGGAGGAUUCCUGAAUCACGAGGGAAUAAUCAGGAAAACCGGACUCCUCCAACUAGGGUUUCUGGAAAACUGGGGAAUGGUUGGAGGAUUCCUGAAUCACGAGGGAAUAAUCAGGAAAACCGGACUCCUCCAACUAGGGUUUCUGGAAAACUGGGGAAUUUAAGAGAAGUUAGCGGUAUUUUGCAAACCUAUUCAUGACCAAGGUGGUCUCCCUUUCAGACCCAUGUGUUGGAGGAAAGCCUCCAGUCUGUUAACCUCCAGCGCGCCCGUCUCAAGGCAGACCUCCGCGUGUCACAGCAGGAGAAGGACGCCCUCAAACAGGAAGUGAUGUCACUGCACAAACAGCUGCAGAACGGCAACGAUAAGGUGAGGCCUUCUAUGAUGACACGCUGAUUGGUUGGUUGGUAAGUUGAUUGGCUGGCUUCAUGUUGGUUAGUUGAUUGGCUUGCUCCAGGUUGGUCCGUUCUAGUCAUUCUAUUUCUAUAAUUACUAUAACUAACGGUCGGUUGGUAUAGAAAUACUAAAACGGACAUCCAGUCAAAUUGCUGUGGUUUGAGCAGCUUUGUCCCUUCUAGUAUAUUUCUAUGGGUCAGGGAAUGCUCAGUCUCUCAGCUUUGUUUGUUAUUGUGACCUCUGACAUCUGCGUUUUCCUGAAUCAGAACCGGGUUCUGGAGAUGGCCCUGCACUCCAGCGGGUACCAGAGCCAGCACAAGAAGCUGUACCGGGACGAGCUGGCCAGGCUGGUGGAGCAGGAGCUGAGGCAGGAGAACGAGAGGCUGACCAUGGAGCUCCACAACACCAAGGGUGACCUCCACCACACCAGGGACAAGGUGAGAUUACAGAGGGAAUGGAUGGAUGUGACAGACUCGUUCAUCCAUUCAACAAAAUAUAGACACAAUCAAAUCUGACUUGAUGUGCUCUAGGUCUUUUUAAGUUUUGGAGGUUCAGAGGACAGCAUUACAGCCUGUAUCAUCUCCUCAGACGCGGCAGCUGGAGGCAGCCAUCUUAACCCUGACGCAGCGGAAACAGCAGGGCCAGUCCAGCGUGGUGAAGACAGUAGAGCAGGAGAAGACUGCUCUGAAGAGAGAGCUGGACGUGACGCACCAGGAGCUACUCUCUGCUCACAACAAGGUCAUCUAAGGAGGGUCAACUCUUAUACCUGCUCUGAUUGGUUGGCUAGCUGAUUGAUUUGUUGCUUUACACUUUCCCUCUAUAUCAAUAAUAUAUACCUAUGUAGAAAAGGAAAGCAUCCCAACAUCAAUACUUACCUCCACAUAUAAUUCACAAGCAACUUGUAUUUCUGAAGCAGUCAGCUUUUGACACUGCACGUUGUACAGUAUCCGUCUUUCCUUGUUAUCUUAUGGUCUUGGUGUGUUGGGGCUGAUGGUGUGGUGUGUUGGGGCUGAUGGUCUUGGUGUGUUGGGGCUGAUGGUCUUGGUGUGUUGGGGCUGAUGGUCUUGGUGUGUUGGGGCUGAUGGUGUGGUGUGUUGGGGCUGAUGGUCUUGGUGUGUUGGGGCUGAUGGUCUUGGUGUGUUGGGGCUGAUGGUCUUGGUGUGUUGGGGCUGAUGGUGUGGUGUGCAGGUGUGUGAGGUUCAGAGAGAGCUGGAGAGUCUACGUCGGGAGAAUGAGGGUCUGAAGCCCCGACCGGUCCCGGUACAGGCCCGGCUGCUGGAGGUCAGUUCUCUACCAACCUUCUCUAACUUCCUCCUCACUUUUACUCCUCCAAUCUCAUUGCAUCUGGACUUUAAUCUACCAAUCAAACACCUCCUCUUUUUAAUGUCACUUUUCUCCCUCUUCCUUACGCUUCUGUCAUUUUCUAUAGAAAUAGUUUGUUCUUUGUUUUUUUUCAUGUAACACCAACAAUUUUCCAGAAACACUAUAACGGUUGCCUAGCGCUGGCUCCUCCUGUCCCCUCUUUAACACAGCCUCUAUCCAUCUGUCUGUCUAUCCCUCCCAUCCUACAUUAUGUCCCCUGUCACUCCUCUCCCCCCUCUCUCUUUUUCUCUCCCCCCUCUCUCUUUUUCUCUCCUCCCUCUCCUGACCGUCUCCCUCUCCUCCCUCUCCUCACGUCUCUCUCUCCUCCCAGUCUCUCUGUCCUCCAUAUCUCUCUCCUGACUGUCUCUCUCCAUAUCUCUCUCCUUCUCUCUCUCUCUCUCUCUCCAUAUCUCUCUCCUUCUCUCUCUCUCUCUCUCUCCAUAUCUCUCUCCUGACUCUCUCUCUCCUUCCUUCUCUUUCUCCUGACUCUCUCUCUCCUGACAGUCUUUCUAUCCUCCCGGUCUCUAUGUCCUCCCGGUCUCUCUCUCCUGACUCUCUCCCUCUUCCAUAUCUCUCUCUCUCCUGACUCUCUCUCCUUCUCUCUCUCCUGACUCUCUCUCUCCUUCUCUUUCUCCUGACUCUCUCUCUCCUGACAGUCUCUCUCGCCUCCCGGUCUCUCUCUCCUGACAGUCUCUCUCGCCUCCCGUUCUCUCUGUCCUCCCGGUCUCUCUCUCCUGACCGUCUCUCUCUCGCCUCCCGGUCUCUCUCCUGACUGUCUCUCUCUCUCCUGACUCUCUCUCCUGACUCUCUCCUCUCUCCUCCUCUCUCUCCUGACUCUCUCCUCUCUCCUGACUGUCUCUCUCUCUCUCCUGACUCUCUCUCUCUCUCUCCUGACUCUCUCUCCUGACUCUCUCUCUCUCCUCCUCUCUCUCCUCUCUCCUGACCGUCUCUCUCUCGCCACCCGGUCUCUCUCCUGACUGUCUCUCUCUCUCUUUCUCUUCUGACUGUCUCUCUCUCUCUUCUGACUGUCUCUCUCUUUCUUCUGACUGUCUCGCUCUCUCUUCUGACUGUCUCGCUCUCUCUCAAACAUUGUGUUGGAAAUUCCAAAUUGUUUGCAUAAGCAACUUACACACAGCACUGACACGCACACCCUUACCCCACCAUACAUGCAUGCCACCAGGGGUCUUUUCACAGUGCCAAGGUCCAGAACAAAUUCAAGGAAACGUACAGUAUUAUACAGAGCCAUGAGUGCAUGGAACUCCCUUCCAUCUUAUAUAGCGCAAGUGAACAGCAAACCUGGAUUAAAAAAACAAAUAAAGCAACACCUCCCGACACAACGGCUCCUCCCCCAUGUGACCUAAUUGUUGUGUAUGUACUGACAUGUAUGUGUCAACCACACGCUACAUGUUAAUGUUUUGAAAUGUAUGUAAAUUGUUAAGUAUUUUGUCUGUAAUGUUGGACCCAAGUAAGACUAGCAGUCGCUAAUGGGGAUCCUAAUAAAUAAAAUAAAAUCCUCAGUCUCUCUCUCUCUCUCUCCUGACUGUCUCUCCUGACUGUCUGUCUCUCCUCCCUCUCUCCUGACUGUCUCUCCUGACUGUCUGUCUCUCCUGACUGUCUCUCUCUCUCUCCUGACUGUCUCUCCUGACUGUCUGUCUACCCUCCCUCUCUCCUGACUGUCUGUCUCUCCUGACUGUCUCUCCUGACUGUCUGUCUACCCUCCCUCUCUCCUGACUGUCUGUCUCUCCUGACUGUCUCUCUCUCUCUCCUGACUGUCUCUCCUGACUGUCUGUCUCUCCUCCCUCUCUCUUGACUGUAUGUCUCCUGACUGUCUCUCUCUCUCUCCUGACUGUCUCUCCUGACUGUCUGUCUCUCCUCCCUCUCUCCUGACUGUCUCUCCUGACUGUCUGUCUCUCCUGACUGUCUCUCUCUCUCUCCUGACUGUCUCUCCUGACUGUCUGUCUCUCCUCCCUCUCUCCUGACGGUCUCUCUCCUGUUGUUUGCUCUCUCCUGACUGUCUGUCUCUCCUGACUGUCUGUCUCUCCUGACUGUCUGUCUCUCCUGACUGUCUGUCUCUCCUGACGGUCUCUCUCCUGUUGUUUGCUCUCUCUCCUGUCUGUCUCUCCUCCCUGUGUCUCUCCUAACAAUCAGCCUUGUCUCUCUAGGCCCAGCUAGGUGGUCUGCUGCCCUCCUCCCCUCGCAGGAUGCCUGGUGAGUGGAGAGGACAACACUGCGAGGACGACCACAACCCAGAGAACAUACAGGUAGGAGAGAUCAGUGUUCCCCAUCACAUACUGUAGCAGGCUAAUCACACCUCUAACUAUAACUGAAUCCUCAGAUCUCCUUCUUGCUAUUUGAAUCAAUAUGCAGCUGGCAUAUCUGGCGAUCUACAAUCUAGCACUUAGUGAGUGAAGAUACUAUGUUCAACAGUUGUGUACAGUAUCUUCACUCUCACUGUGCUCAACAGUAGAAUACAGCAUCGUUACUCUCACUGUGCUCAACCGUAGUAUACAGCAUCGUUACUCUCACCGUGUUCAACAGUUCAUUACUGCCACAUUCACACUUUAAACAGUCCAUUCUGCAGCUCUUCAUCUGAUCCUGUUGAUUAUGGGACUUACCUGACUUCUGAUCUACCUUGAUUACAGUCCGAUGGGAGCUAAACCACAAACACCUUACCAAAAUGUCUCUCCAUUUUCACUUUGAGGAAUAUAAAUAUUUGAAAAUAGAAAUGCCUCUUGUUUGGUUUGGGUUCUGACAUUUUGUCCUGGUUUCAUCACCACACCCACCGCCUUGCCAUCUUCAUGUUCUCUCACGUGUUUGUAGAGUGUGUAGUGUGUAGUGUGUGUGUGUAGAGAGCGCGUGUGUGUGUGUGGUAGGGCUGACCCCAUUUAGUCGACUGGUCGAUUGUUUAGUCGAUAGGCUUUUGGUCAACCAAGAUGUAUUUAUUUGUUAUGGUGCACAAGCCACCUGUCUGAUUGGUGCCUGUCUCAGUGGACUAAACCAUUGUGGAGGCCACAGGGAUGGCUCAGUCCAUCACUCUAAGACAUGUGAUACUGAAACAGUAGAUGGUUAUAUUAUGUAAAAAUAAUGGCGCAACACUAAUCAAUAUUUUUUUUAUAUAAUAUUUUUUAUUCACAAUGAAUGAAAGAUAACAUUUAAAGACGUUGUACAUUCAAACCCUUUUUGUCCCCCCCCACCACCACCCCCAGAAUGCCUCCAAACACAUUUAAAAAGAAAGGCAAAGUGAUUGAGUUACAUGUCAGAAAACAAAACAAAAGUAUACAACAUUGUUACUUCAAUACAAGCAAAAAUGUAAUAGCCCAACAAUUUCUGGUGAUUUAGGUGAUCUUAUAGGCCUAUAGUAGUAAUCUCAAGGGGUGGGGGUGGAGCCAAGAGUACUAAUCUGGAGGAAGUGUUUGGAGCUGUUCAAAAUAGGAUAUCAUCGGGUCCCAGGUGGAAUAGAAGGAGUUGGUUGACCCUCGAAUGGUAUACUUCAUUUUGUAUAAUUUUAAGAACAGCAUCAGAUCUUUGAGCCAAAGAGAGGCUAAGGGAGGAUUGAUAGAUUUCCAAUCCAAUAAUAUCCUUCUGCGGUCUGUCGUAUCUGAUGAGUGGUGGCAAAUAUUGUUGUCAACACAGAGUCCGUUAUGCUGCAUCGUGUGAGAGGCUUUUAUUAAAAUCACGAGUUUACAGCAUAGGUACAGACCCGCGAUGUCCGGAGAACGGCUCCCCAGAUUGCUAUGGCCGUUCUGACGUUCCUCGCCUAACCCCCUUAUUUAUAAACAAUGAAACUCCCUCAAUCACCAGUCUCCCCUUUAUAUAGCCUUCCAAGAGUUGAAUAGCUCCCUCUACUGUCCAAUCCCCGUAUCUUACAACCCACUUCCUGUCUGUCAUAUGUCAUUAUACUAAACAUUGCCUUUUGAUACUAACAUAACCAACAUUCCAUUUCUUCAUGAAAAACAUUUAACAAAGGCAUAAUCUUCAGAUACUAUAUUCCCCCCUUUCGAGACGAAAUAAACGUCUCGAAAACAAACAGAAUAGGAUUAUGACUAUUAACCAUUUAUCUUAUUGAGUAUCUUUAACAUUAAACCAAAACCAUUCUCCUCUAGAGCGUAAAUACCUUUCUAUGAAAUACCUGUUUAUGAAGUGUGAAUACAUUACUAUGACAUAUGAAGUGUGAAUACAUUACUAUCUUUAUGAAGUGUGAAUACAUUACUAUGACAUAUGAAGUGUGAAUACAUUACUAUCUUUAUGAAGUGUGAAUACAUUACUAUGAAAUAUGAAGAAAUCUCUAUGGAGUGUAAGAGCGAAAAACUGUCUGGCAGCCAUCCAUCCAUAUCAAUCAAGACAGUAAAAUUCUCUCACGGUCCCUCUGCCCCAGGCAACCACCGUCGGUACUCCAGAUAACCUCAUAACUCAUGUAAAUGCAUUUGAAACUAUGAUGCAAUUAAAUACACAUGUAAGCCCCUGCAAACAAAAUCCUAUCCAUAAACAUCCAUUGUACGGCUGGUCAACCCAUAGGACCGUACAAUGAAACUCUCCCUUCCUAGCCUCUCUGUCCCUAAACAUUCACGAAAUAAACAAAAACAUCUAAGAUCCUCCCAUGUAUCCAAUUACAUCAAACAUCAUUCUACAAAAAUUAAUCCCUGAGGCUAUUACACAAUUAUGUAUUACACAUGUCUAUAUUUCAUUGCCGACACUGGAAUGUAGUCCCCUCUUCCAAUGGACUUGUUGAUGAUGGAAUCAGCCACACCCUCCUUGUUUCAUCUCCUCCAGUCAUAUUGUCCCUUCAUAUUGUCUUUGUCUGAAUAUUCCAAUCUCCACAUGUUCUCCCAAAUGCCUCUGGAAUGAAAAGAAACGAAACGACCAAACAGUAUCUUUUGCAAAACAAACACUUUCAAAUUAAACCUCAAUUUCACCUAAGAAUUUUAAAAAAUGAUAUAUAAAUGAUGUAUGAAUCACAUAAACCUAUUCCCCCCUUUGAUUCAUAAAUCAUAUCAAAAUCACCCCAAUAUUGGAAAAAAAAAUCGAAAAAAAAUCAACUCAUAAUUUUUUUUUAUUUUUAUUUAUCCAUCAGUAGUCCAUCCAUCUUCCUCCAGAUCAGGAACAGUCAACACCGGCAUCUGAGUGUUGUCUCCAGGCAUCAUUCUCCAACCUAUCUCAAUAUCAUAGCUUUCUCAAAGAUCAGUAACCAAUUACAAACAUCACACAGUGUUCAUCAAAGCUGAAACUAAAAUCUGACCCAUCACUGCCCCUACUGGCCUAAUUGAUCUUGCAACCAAAUCCUCCAAAUGCAUCCCUUAUAAUGCAUCUAUAACCCCAGUGAUAUUAUCUGAACUAUCUGGACUCAAAAUAUAACUAAUAUUUAUCAAUAUGAUCUUCCCAAAUGUUACACCAUACCAUGAAUAAAGUCUGCCCUUCUCCCUUAGACUUAUCCUUCAAUGAUAGGCUUGAAGCCUAUGACAUGUCACCAUGUCACCCUUUUAACCCUAGAUUUAGCUGUGUCCAGUGCUAUCCCUCUUAUAAUGAUAAAACCUCAUAUGGAAGCUUCAACGUUGACAUGUAACCAAAUCCUGUCCAUCCAUAAUGUAAGAAUAAAUAUACUUUACCAUCACAAACCCCCUCUAAAUAUCUCUAAAAUUCCCCAUAGUCCUAGGCAAAAGCUAAUCUUUUAACCAUCAACGUCCUGCUCUUCUUACUACCUGCUACCUAAAAAGUAACAUAUUUCUCAUUACUACCCUUAAGGUCAUGCUUAUCCAAAGUUAUCAUAUAACAUCACACUCUGAUCUUCCCAUAAACAUACCCCUUACCUCAUAUGUUUUAUUAGAACAAAAACAACUUUUAUCCCUCAAUGUUUCACCUGAAUACUUCAGGAUUCCGUUGUUACCUGAUUUUCCUUUCCCAUUUAACAAUUCCCAUAUUAAUUCACUUAACCCAAUUCCACCUAACCCUAGGCUUAAACCACUGUUCUGACAACUACAUUAUUUUAUCUGUCAAUGACUGUUGCCAAUACCACAGUCAUGACAAAUCAUAAGACUGACCCAUACCUGAUAGAGGCCGCGCGACUGUCUAACACGUUUGGUGCUGGAAUUCUCAACAGACAUGGACCUUCAAGAUUCCUCACUGAUCUUACAGAAUGAGUUAAUAUAUCUCCAAUUUCCACAACAGAAGAACGAGCGGCACUGAUCAGAUACCUCUCCCUGUCCGUCAUUAAAAUCAAAGACCUCAUCCUGUAUCUCCAUGAUGAAUCUAUAUUCUCUCUACUACUCUCUGUUCUCCUAUUUUAACCCUAUUCGUACUAUCAUUGACAGCACUCUCCAUCCGUAACAUAAACCCCUGAGUCCUUCUUGCUAACCCCCUUUAAUUUCAGAACAGUUGUUGUCGAUGCCAUACUCCCUACAUCGUAUCAUUAAUCCCUUCCAAAGUUACCAUUAAAGUAGUUGAUUUAGUUGCUGUAUCAACUCUAAUUACUUCUAGUGCAAAGGUUCCCAUUAUCCUCGGUGUAUUAUCUACUGUUGGAGUGACUACUGUCCAUUCAGUUCUACUCCUCCUGAACUCCCUCAAUGACUGUGGAGGCUACAACAGACCUCAACUCUUCCAUUAUAGGCAUCACUUUAUGAAUUACAUAGCCCUUUAACCAAUAAUUCCUAACCGGAACAAAUUCUAAUGCUUGCACUAGAUAAGUACACAUAUAUUCUCCCUGACCUUUCUCUGUAACAUUACGCAACAUAAGUGAACAGUCACUCCUAACCUCUUCCACUUCAUAUCGUUGUACAAACUAUCCCUCCUUUGACUAGGUGCAACAGCUUCUACUCCUGGUCCUGAUAACAAUACUUAUUAUCCAUAAUUAUCUCUCCAUAUGGGAGGAACGUCCCCAUCCUAAACCCUAAUAAGUAUUUUUCCCUAACAUUGGUGCUGUAUUGGUUCCCUUAUAAUCAAAUGCAAUAUAUUUAUGGCUUUAAUAACUAUCCAUGUUGAAAGAGUUAAAUUGCUUCUCCCUGUUGUUCUAAUAGACUGAAGUGUUAAUGUCCUUAUUUACUCCUAGUUUUCCCCCAGUUUUCCCCUAAGACUUUGAACUCUUUACUUGUACUUCCAUCUAUCACCACUAGUGUCACUUUUUCCCCAAAUCUCAGUCCUAUCUCUAAAUCCCUGACUUUCAAACCUUUGAUUACACAAAAUACCCCUAUAAUUACCUUGAUCUUCCUACUCUACAGUGUCAUUCACCAUUGUUCUCUCUCUCUCUUACUACUAACUUUAAAACUUAGCUUACUGUCUCAGAGUUCCUUCAACCCUAAUCUACUCCUAACUUAUUUUAAUCUAAUCUUUUCUCUCAUAACAUUUAAAACCUUUUCCCCUGAUUUUCACAAAAUCCCUUACCACCAAAUUUGUAGAAUAUGUGAUUGGGAAAGUUCCCCACCUGCUUCUGACUCAUUACACACAGACUUGGCAAAACGUCUAAACACCUUUUAGCCUAGCCUGAAAUCUCUUAGUGUAAGAAUGUAACCCAGAAUAAACAGUCACCCCUUUUAACUUUUCCAGACAGAUUGUCUGACAGUCAUCUAGUGUCCAUCUUAUUGUACAAUUCAAUUCUCUUCCCAACACUGCCAUAACAGUAUCUUCUAAUAUUAGUACCUUAAGAGUAAUUAACCGUUUUACUACCUCAAAUCCCUAUCCUAAUUAGUUAUCAAUUAUUGAGAUGUUUAACCUCUUUAGGUCGGUUGUUUUUACUUCAAUAGUUAGCUAUUUUCUCUUCUUCUCUAAAUCGGUGCUCUCAGCUGACACCCCCCUUCAUCUCUUCUAGAACAGGUGAUCUUCACUUGCUCCUUCAUCUUCCUCUGUUGUUUUCUCCUGGCGCAUUUCCAUCCCAGGUAAAGUCUGAGAGUUGCUGGAAGUGUAGCCGAAAUCUUCCUCCUCCUAAGUCUUCUCAUCCUCUUCCUCUCAUUCUGUGUCUGUCCAGAAACUGAUUGUGGAUAUGGAACAUCUGGUACCCCCCCUUGGCUGGUACAAUUGCAUUUGAUAUUGUUCAGUUGAAGCUGUAACCGUGAUUGUUGAUUUGGUUCAUUCUGAUUCUUCAUAACCAAAAUUUAUUUUCUCCUUCUCCAACUCUUGGGAUUAUUUUCUCAGCAGGUUCUCUUGGUCCUGUUCCUUCUCGUCUUUGACAUAUCAGUAUUCUUCAACCUUAGUUCUAAGUUCUGUCCUCGAAAUAUCAUCUUCCAUCAUCUUCUUACUUUUCUUCUGUGCCAGUCCUUGUAGGACAAACUCCUCUUGAAAAUAAAGCACCUUUAAUCUCCAAAUCUUCAUCGCUUUCUUCAUCUUCAACUUCCAUCAGAGAUCAAAUCUCGCGUAUCCUUCUUCGUUUCUCUCUUGCCAACUUCCUUCUGAUCACAGAGUCAUAUCCACCCAUGCAUAACCUCUUCAUCAUCACUCAUCUUCAUCAUCCUCAUCUUCUUUAAGCUCCCUCUUCUCUUCCAGACAUCACAUUUUCUUCCUUCUGGAGUUCUGGAUUCAUCUUUAUCGUCAUUUCUGCUUGUCCUCUAUCUAUUAUUCGUCUUCUUCAUCUCUGAUGUAACAAUCACCCUCCUAGAUGAUCACUGAAAGCUUCCUUCUCAUAAGGUGAGUGUCUUUCUGCUGAAUCCGUAUGUGAGAAAGGUGUACUAACAUCUGCCAUUAGUCUCUCCUAACACUACCUUAGUUAAAGAAUUACUAUUUUACCCCUAUAUCAAAACUAUCUUAUUUUAGACUGUAUAGCCUAUGGCUUCCCCCCUUAAAUUAUUAAUAUAACCCUAACAACCCCAAAAAAACAACAACAAAAAAAAAGAUUUUUUUUUUUUUCCUCCCUAAAAAUAAAAUAAAAUAAAAUAUGAAUAUUAAAAAAUUCAAUUAAAUGCCUUAUUCAAAAACCAUUUAAUUAAAAAAUUAAAAACCAAUUAAAAACUCAAUUAAAAACUAUGAAUAAUUUAAAACCAAUUUUUAUUCCUAUAUCCUAUGUCACCAACUUAUCCAUUAGUGGUGGCUAUAUUACCACAACCCAUCAACUGCAAGUAAAUGAAGUUAGUCAACUUCAAAGCAAUCCCCAAAAAACAAAGCCUCUAACCCUUCAAUACUACAAUUCCCAUAACCCCUUGUUCUAUCAGAUAAGUUAUCUUAAAUUUACAGAACAAUCCUCAAUCCAUCCUUGAUUCCCAACACAUCUGUAAUCAAACCCCAGUGAUACACAGAGCUUCCAAAAUGCAAUUUUUAAUGAAAUAGUAUUUGCCAAGCCUAUGUAAAAUUGUCAUAACAUCACAUAUUCUGUUAGGAUGAUUUUGUGUACUAGCCUGAUCUGAUCCUCUCGUCUGCCUCGUCACACCUUGUCACGUGACGCACACGUCAGCCCCUUCUCUCUCUCCUCUCGUUCCAUGUUCCUCUCAUAUUUCAAAAAAACAUAGAAACACACACGAUUUCAGCAGUUAAUGCAAUCACUGAGUAUUUCCAACCAUUCAAUAUUCGUUCGUUCUAUUCACUCUAAGACUAAACUCAGAAUUAAAUAGAUCGCUCAAAAACAUUUUUUUAUUUUAUUUUAAUCCGUUAUUUAAUUAUUUAAUUAAAUUUAUUAUAAUCCGCUACCAUAUAUCUAAUUUAUAAAUUCAAUAAGUUACAAAACAAGUUUCAUCUUUAACCAAUCGCAGUUUAAACUAGAAUCAUCGUGUUAAAAUUUCUCCUCUGUCUAUUUUCCCUUGCAGGGUAAUGCCAAAUGGGACCUAUGACCUGUACCCCACCAUUUUGUUUUGUAGGCUUAACUCACCCUCAUGUCGUAGUUUUUAGCCCCGUAGAAUCAACACGUGUCCUAAUCUCGUGUCAUAAACUCCCCCUUUCUGUAGGGUAGUAUCGCAAAAUUAAACGCAUGCGCACAACCAUUCAAAAAUCCCUUCUCACCGUGGAAGGAAGAUUUUCUAUUCUCUCUCUCCCCAAACAGACAAAAUAACAGCCCAGCUGUAACUUCCCUUUUCCCCUUAUAGUCAAACAACAUUUAACAGCGCUCACAAAACAUAUAACCUGACUUAAACACAGAGACAAAUUUAAGAGACUUUAAUCCAUCGCAAUGGAAUCUCUAAGGAUACGUUAGCAUGUAGCACACAACACAAUUAGCCUUAGCCACGAUGUACCAUGUAGCAUGAAACACACUCUAGCAUUCCUUAGCAACGAUGUACCACGUGGCCUGAACCAAUCCAGCAUUAGCCUUAGCCUCUAGCUAACUGCGGUCUACCCAGCCCUAAGUAACCUGCAUUGCGUCUUUAAUUGAGUACUGUUUCGUUUGUCCUAAAUUUAUUCUGCCGUGGGUAUGGCUAUUUCAGUGAGCGAUCCCCCCCAAUGCAACUAUCCCGUCGAACAGAAGUUGAGUAAGCCAUCCCCAAGAAAUGUCCCACCAACCCCCAGUCCCAGACUGAACCUGAACACUCCUAAUGCAUGUCCAGGAUUUUGGCCCACCCUGGUGGUCGCCCCGUUCGUCACGAGGGCUUAUCUAAACCUGCAAUGCCCUAAAGAAUGCGCAUAUCUGAAUUUACCAACCAUUGUCACCCGUUACCAAUGAAAUAUAACCUUAUCAUUGCCCAUAGUUACCAAUGAAAUAACCUCAUCAUUGCCCAUAGUUACCAAUGAAAUAACCUCAUCAUUGCCCAUAGUUACCAAUUAAAUAACCUUAUCAUUUUUCCCCCUAAAUUUCUCAUUGCCACUCGUUACCAAUGAAAUAACAUUUUAAUGCUCUAAAUCCUCAUUGUCUAUCGUUACCAAUGAAAUAUAAACUUCUACCGUUCCUUUUGCUCUAAAUUUGUCAUUGCCCAUAGUUACCAAUGAAAUAACAUUUUAGCAGACUCCAGUCGACCAGCAACAACGCCACCGAGGCCAGGUCAUAUGGAACAUCUCUUCAGUGUACACAAGUCAUAUCCAAUCUAACCAACUCCGAAGCAGUAAGGAAAACUCACCCUUUCGGCCAUGCUUCAGAGAGAGAGUUAGCCUGGCGAUUGACUGAAACAAGGAAGAGACGCAAACCCAGCCCCACGUUGGGCGCCAUUAUGUCGUAUCUGAUGAGUGGUGGCAAAUAUUGUUGUCAACACAGAGUCCGUUAUGCUGCAUCGUGUGAGAGGCUUUUAUUAAAAUCACGAGUUUACAGCAUAGGUACAGACCCGCGAUGUCCGGAGAACGGCUCCCCAGAUUGCUAUGGCCGUUCUGACGUUCCUCGCCUAACCCCCUUAUUUAUAAACAAUGAAACUCCCUCAAUCACCAGUCUCCCCUUUAUAUAGCCUUCCAAGAGUUGAAUAGCUCCCUCUACUGUCCAAUCCCCGUAUCUUACAACCCACUUCCUGUCUGUCAUAUGUCAUUAUACUAAACAUUGCCUUUUGAUACUAACAUAACCAACAUUCCAUUUCUUCAUGAAAAACAUUUAACAAAGGCAUAAUCUUCAGAUACUAUAGGUCUAACAGGGAGGCAAAGGCAAUGGCAUCCAGCUGUCCAUUGGUCAGAGAAGGAUUGUUGUUUGGUACUACAAAAAUAGCAAUUUCUGCACUAGGCUGCAACUUUAUAUCAAAUGCUUCAGAAAGGGUUUUAGAUAUAGUGGACCAAUAAUCUGCCAGACGGGUCAGGACCAGAACAUGUGGGUCAAGUCCCCCCCAAGCAGCCUUUUCCCCUUUGUCACAUGUGCCAUCGAUAUUUGGGUAGAAUUUGGACAAUCUGAUCCGUCGAUAUGAUGUCAUAGUGGAUUCUAUUCGAGAGGCAAGCAAUUUCGCUAAUAUUUUUACAUCUGCAUUUAAAAGUGAGAUCGGUCUGUAUGAGCCCGGGCAAAGAUGCAUCUUUGCUUGGUUUUAACAAAAGUGUGAUCGACGCCUCUGUAUGGUCCCGGGCAUUUUCAAACAUUUUCAAGCAUAAGUUUAGCCAGUUUGGCAGAAAACUUAUAGUAGAAUUCGAUUGGGUAGCCAUCUGGGCCAGGGGAUUUCCCACUUUGCAUUGCUGUAAUUGAAUUAAUAAUCUCCUCUAACUGCAAAGGUUGAUCAAUUUCCUCUCUCUUCUCUGUACUAAUGGUAGGAGUUUCCAAGUUGUCAAGAAAAUCAUUCAUAAUUGAAUUGUCUUCAGGUGAUUCUGACGUGUAAAGAUCUGAAUAAAAUAAAAAAGGAAAGUAUUAUUGAUUUCAGUGGGACUAACUGUUAAGACACCCGAGGUGUUUUGAAUUUGAGGGAUCAGCUGUGAGGCAGAUUUGCACUUGAGUUGAUGAGCUAGAAGUCGACCAGCCUUUUCUCCAUGUUCGUAAACAAAACCACGUGAGCGGAGUAGCUGCUUCCCAGCCUUAUCUGUGGAUAGUAAAUUGGACUGAGUUUGAAGACUCAGCCUUUCUUUGGAAAGUUCUGGUGAUGGAGAGGCGGAGUAUUUGUUGCUCUAAUUCCAGAAUUGCGUCGAUCAGCUGUUUAAUUGUCCGUUGUUUAUUGAGAAGAGGGGAAUAGGAAAUUAUUUCGCCUCUAAGAACAACUUUAAGUGUUUCCCAAAGUGUAGAUGGAGAGAUCGAUUCUGUUUUAUUUGUCUCAACAAAGACAUCAAUCGCAUUCGAUAGAAUGGUGCAGAAUGAAUUGUUUGAAAGUAAAGAUGAGUUAAGUCUCCAUGGGGGGGCGAUCUGUAUAGUUCAAUGAGAGGUCGAGCGACAGAGGAUCGUGGUCACUAAUAACAAUGGCAGAGUAUUCUACUUUCUUAACAGAGGGGAGAAGGGCUUUAUCUACGAAAAAGUAGUCUAUUCUAAAAUAGGAGUGGUGCACAUGUGAAAAGAAAGAAAAUUCUUUGUUACUGGGGAAAAGGAAUCUCCAUGGAUCUACACAUCCCGUCUGGCUCAUAAACGCAGACAAAGUGCUGGACGUUUGAGGGAGAUAAUGAUCGAGGGUUUGGAGGCGACAAUUCAAGUCGCCUCCAAAAAUUCAAUAGUGUGAGUUGAGAUUUGGGCAGCCAAGAAAUACGUUUGUUAAUAAACUCCAACAUCAUCCCAAUUGGGAGCAUACACAUUUACAAGCAAAACAGAGGUGUGAAAGAGAGAACCAGAUACCAUAACAAAAUGCCCGUGUGGAUCCGAUAUUAUAUCAGCAGCGGUAAAUUGUACUUUCUUUCUUCUAUGAAUAAGUAUUGCUGUUCCCUUUGCCUCAGCAUUGAAUUUUGAAUGGAAUAUUUGUCCUACCCAAGCUUUACGGAGUCUACCAUGAUCUGCUGUACACAGAUGUGUUUCUUGUAGAGAAGGCUAUAUCGUUUUUUUUUUAUUCUUAAGAUGAGCAAAUACUCUAGCCCGUUUAACCGGGCCGUUCAUUGCCUUGACGUUCCAGCUUGUAACUGACACCCCACAACUCCCACCCCAAUAUCUGAAUUGUUAGUCAUUAAAAUUUGAGAUUACUAAAUUAUAACCGGAAUAGAGAUGAAAGCCCUUGCCUUAGCCGAAUUGUCUAAGAAAAUUGAGGAGAGGAAACCCCCAUUUUAAUUGCGUCUAUAAUCAAUAGCCUAACUGUUAUAUGUGCCUGGCUUUAUAAAUGAUCCAUAUAUAUCUACGGAAAUAAGACUGAUCCUGCUUCUGUUGCCUGUUUUGAGUGUUUGUUUAAUAGCCUACUGAUUCAGUGAGCACCAAGCCUCACGCAACGGCAAAAUGUCGGAUAAAACAAUUUCACAGAUUCGGCUGUUUUUAAUCAUUGCUAUGCUGUAAUAAAGGCUUUACCAAAAAAAUUAUAAUUUUUAGAACAGACUGGUAUUACUUAUAAUUUUAUUUAGUGUUUACACUGUUCCAAACGGGCAGAAAAAUAAUGUUGUAAUCUAACAGCACCUGUUUGUCACACACAAUAUGCACGCAGCUCUCGCUCCUAUAUCCUCCUUUUUCUCAUUAUUAUUAUUAUUAUUAUUAUUAUUAUUAUUAUUAUUAUUAUUAUUAUUAUAAUAAGUAAAGUCAUUAUCAUUAGUAGGCUUAGUAUAGCAGCCUUGUACAACCACCAUUGAGCUCUAGGCCUAAGAGCGCGUCCUGUUCAGUCUUAAUACCGUAACUUACUUAGGCCUAUUUUUAAAUCAAUCAUUAAUUCGUUAAUGCCAUCACACAGCAUACGAGACGUUCACGCUUUGAAAUGCAAUCAAGCAUUUUAGUUUUUUUUAAUUUAAAUAACAAAGGGAGCUUAGAAUAAUUAUCCUAAACAAUAAAUACACUGCAAUUCACGGAAGCAUGCAACUGUUUUUAGUCUGCCUUUUAAUAAAGGCUUUGUCUUUUUUUUAAAAAUUAGAACAGACUCUCUGGUACACUUAUUUAGUGUUUACACUGUUACAAAAGUUCAGAAAAAGUAAUAAUAUUGUAAUCUAACAGCAACUCACGUAGCGCUUGCUGCUAUACCCUCCUUUUUCUUGAUAUCCAGUCAUUUCCACAACUAAGUCAAAUGUCUUCCACAGAUCUGACUUCCCCUUUCCCGCCCGUUUUCGAGUUUUCUUUUUCACGUCCUCCGCGUCCAUUUCGCUGUCACGUGUUACGGUGUUCGGAGUUUGUUAUAACCAAUUUAUUGAUGUGAUUCUGAUAGGCUAUAGGUCAGGCCCUAUUGGUCACGUGCACGCGACGCUUACAUGUUUCACGUAAAGACAGCAAAGGGUUGAGGGGAAUAGGGAAUUUUUCUCCUAAACAAAUGAGGGAUUUCGGUAAAAGAACUUUUCAGUCAGAAACAAGUAAGAAACUAAAAUGGCUGAAAUUAUGUUGCAGCUUCAGCACGGACAGCGCAGUAAACACUUUCUGUGAUGUGGUGCCUUUUCUCUGCAGUAGGGAGGAGAGCGAGACAACGUUUGCCAGUCACACAGGCACUCUGUCAUUUUUAUUUAACACAGUGUGACCAUCGGGCUCUUGAGUCAUUUGUGUUUUAAUUAUUUAAUCAAACAGUGUGCAUAUAGCAUCAGACAUGCAUACAGUGAGGGGGGAAAAAGUAUUUGAUCCCCUGCUGAUUUUGUACGUUUGCCCACUGACAAAAACAUGAUCAGUCUAUAAUUUUAAUGGUAGGUUUAUUUGAACAGUGAGAGACAGAAUAACAACAAAACAAUCCAGAAAAACGCAUGUCAAAAAUGUUAUAAAUUGAUUUGCAUUUUAAUGAGGGAAAUAAGUAUUUGACCCCUCUGCACGUUUCGCCAGGUUUGCACACAUCUCAGGAGGGAUUUUGUCCCACUCCUCUUUGCAGAUCUUCUCCAAGUCAUUAAGGUUUCGAGGCUGACGUUUGGCAACUCGAACCUUCAGCUCCCUCCACAGAUUUUCUAUGGGAUUAAGGUCUGGAGACUGGCUAGGCCACUCCAGGACCUUAAUGUGCUUCUUCUUGAGCCACUCCUUUAUCGCCUUGGCCGUGUGUUUUGGGUCAUUGUCAUGCUGGAAUACCCAUCCGCGACCCAUUUUCAAUGCCCUGGCUGAGGGAAGGAGGUUCUCACCCAAGAUUUGGCGGGAGAUGGCCCCGUCCAUCGUUCCUUUGAUGCGGUGAAGUUGUCCUGGCCCCUUAGCAGAAAAACACCCCCAAAGCAUAAUGUUUCCACCUCCAUGUUUGACGGUGGGGAUGGUGUUCUUGGGGUCAUAGGCAGCAUUCCUCCUCCUCCAAACACGGCGAGUUGAGUUGAUGCCAAAGAGUUCGAUUUUGGUCUCAUCUGACCACAACACUUUCACCCAGUUCUCCUCUGAAUCAUUCAGAUGUUCAUUGGCAAACUUCAGACGGCCCUGUAUAUGUGCUUUCUUGAGCAGGGGGACCUUGCGGGCGCUGUAGGAUUUCAGUCCUUCACGGCGUAGUGUGUUACCAAUUGUUUUCUUGGUGACAAUGGUCCCAGCUGCCUUGAGAUCAUUGACAAGAUCCUCCCGUGUAGUUCUGGGCUGAUUCCUCACCGUUCUCAUGAUCAUUGAAACUCCACGAGGUGAGAUCUUGCAUGGAGCCCCAGGCAGAGGGAGAUUGACAGUUAUUUUGUGUUUCUUCCAUUUGCGAAUAAUCGCACCAACUGUUGUCACUUUCUCACCAAGCUGCUUGGCAAUGGUCUUGUAGCCCAUUCCAGCCUUGUGUAGGUCUACAAUCUUGUCCCUGACAUCCUUGGAGCGCUCUUUGGUCUUGGCCAUGGUGGGGAGUUUGGAAUCUGAUUGAUUGAUUGCGUCUGUGGACAGGUGUCUUUUAUACAGGUAAAAAGAUGAGAUUAGGAGCCCUCCCUUUAAGAGUGUGCUCCUAAUCUCAGCUCGUUUCCUGUAUAAAAGACACAUGGGAGCCAGAAAUCUUUCUGAUUGAGAGGGGGUCAAAUACCUAUUUCCCUCAUUAAAAUGCAAAUCAAUUUAUAACAUUUUUGACAUGCGUUUUUCUGGAUUUUUUUGUUGUUAUUCUGUCUCUCACUGUUCAAAUAAACCUACCAUUUAAAAUUAUAGACUGAUCAUUUCUUUGUCAGUGGGCAAACGUACAAAAUCAGCAGGGGAUCAAAUACUUUUUCCCCCCUCACUGUAUGUAGUUGAUUUUAUUCAAACACAUAUAGUGUGUCUAUAUAUGAAGAAAAAAAUGUUUAAACAUUUCGACCAAUCGAUUGGUCGAAAGAAAAGGACGACCCUCGGCGACCAAGAUUUUUUGGGGGGGUCGGGGACAGCCCUAGUGUGUGGCAAGUGUACCUUCUGGGUUUGGUUGUUUUUAUCUAGAUUCUAGAUUCACCAUGUCUGUCACUUUCUACUCUAAUGGGGUGCUCAGAUUGCACAGUAUAUCUCUGGCACCGAGUUCUUCAGUUGUCCCAGACAGAGGUCACUAUUUAAAGUCGCGCUAAUUGCGUAGUGCAAUUAGACUAGAGGACUGGAUGGAGGGGUGAGCCCUGGUGAAGUGUACCUGCCUUCUCUCUCCAGGGUGCUGCAAUGCCAAAACAGAGGGCCGCUCAUGCCGACAGCUACCGGAGGAUCGGUGGACUCUGA